AUGAGUAAAGCAAGAAGCUGGAAAUUUAUUUGUAAAGGUUUACCGUUUUUGGCAGUUGGUGGUUCCACUUUGUUACUCGCAUAUAAAGUACAACAAAUCAAAUUUGAAUUCGGUCCAUCCUCUUGCACACUUGCUGAUGCUGAAGAAAUUAAACAGUUUCUGAAUACGGAGGGAAUUAGCAAACAACAGGAAAGUGUAGAGACGAUUUAUCAGAAACUUGUCAAGGAAGAGGACGACAACUGGGAAAAUAUUCGAGGACCACGUGAUUCGGAAGACAAUAAAGAAUUUCUACAGUUAAAGAAACGUCGGCAAGAAGAGAGAGAAAUAGCCAAGAAGAAAUUAAAGGAACAAAGACAAAUCGCUGUUUAA